AUGGCAUAUGUUCUGCUCUAUGUAGAUGACAUCAUCUUAUCCACUUCUUCCGACACUCUUCGGAAAUCCAUUAUGUCUCUACUCUUUUCUGAGUUCGCAAUGAAGGAUCUGGGUCCUUUGAGUUAUUUCUUGGGCAUUGCUGUUACACGUCACUCGGGUGGCCUCUUCCUAUCUCAGAAACAGUAUGCCACAGAAAUCAUUGAACGUGCAGGCAUGGCUUCGUGCAAACCUUCUUCUACACCAGUUGACACCAAGGCCAAACUCAGCGCCUCCACUGGCUCUCCUACUGAUGAUCCGUCUCUCUAUCGCAGCCUUGCUGGUGCACUCCAGUAUCUCACAUUCACGAGACCAGACAUUUCCUAUGCCGUUCAACAAAUAUGCCUAUUCAUGCAUGAUCCACGGCAUGAGCACAUGAAUGCUCUCAAGCGUAUGAUACGGUGCAUCCAAGGUACCAUUGACCUUGGUUUGCAUUUGUACCCCUCUUCAGUUUCAUCUCUCAUUUAUUACACCGAUGCUGAUUGGGGUGGGUGUCCUGAUACGAGACGGUCAACUUCUGGAUACUGUGUAUUUCUGGGUGACAAUCUAAUCUCUUGGUCGUCCAAACGACAACCUACACUUUCUCGGUCGAGUGCGGAGGCCGAAUACAGAGGUGUUGCGAAUGUCGUGUCUGAAUCUUGUUGGAUUCGAAACUUACUACUGGAACUUCUUUGUCCAAUUAGUAAGGCUACAUUAGUCUAUUGCGAUAAUGUAAGUGCGGUGUAUCUCUCCGGCAAUCCAGUUCAACAUCAACGCACAAAACAUGUCGAGAUGGAUAUUCACUUCGUACGCGAAAAAGUUGCUAAAGGACAUGUUGUUAGGUUAUGA